AUGCAAAGCAGAAGGAGAAUAAGUUUUUGGCUUACUUGUGUGGGACCUUAUCUUCAUCGUGAUAUAUUGCUUGUACAAAAGAUAUGCCGAGUGUUGAAAGGUUAUUAUCUUUGUGCAUUGAAGAGUGUGAAUUCUGGUGAUUUGGAAGGCGGCGUUUGUGGAAAUCGAACUCCCCGCCUCCACCUAAAAGAAGCGAGAUUGAACCUUGAGGAAGCACUUGGUGCAUGUCUACUUCCUUCACUACAGUUAAUACCAGCAAAUCCUGCUGUUGGACAGGAGAAAUGGGCUGUACUGAGUCUCCUACCAUAUGAGAUUAAUCUGCAAAUACAAUUGGACACUAGACGGAUCUUGAAACGGCUUGCAAAGGAAAAACUAAAAGAGCUUGGAAGAAUGGUGGCAAAAUUAGCUCAUGCGAAUCCCAUGAGUGUACUUAGAACAAUUGUGCACCAAAUAGAGGCAUACAGGGAUAUGAUUGCUCCAGUUGUAGAUGCAUUCAAAUAUUUGACACAUCUUGAGUAUGAUAUUUUGGAAUAUGUUGUGAUCGAACGGCUUGUACAAGGGGGUCGUGAAAAGCUAAAAGAUGACGGCCUAAACGUAUCACACUGGCUUCAGUCUUUGGCAUCAUUUUGGGGUCAU